GAGAAAGUUGACUAUUGUUCUUUGUCCAGAGUAGACGAUACUCAUCAGCCACCAAAAUCAUGGUAAAUUUAAAAUAGCUGUGGCUGGAAAUUACUUUUGGUUAACUUGGCAAGUGACUAAUCAGUUUCUUUAAAGGAGCUGUUUCUUUGCUUCAACAGCAAAACAGCUGACCUUGUGCAUUGAAUCUUGUCCUGAAUACACACAAAGUGUAUUUUCUACUAAAAUCCUCAUUGUGUGUUUUAUACAUACAAGAAUAAUGCCUAAAAUAACAUUUCAUUUAAUCUAAAAUGUUAUCAACCUUUUUUCUGUUGUCAUAUCCAUCAGCCAGGUGACAAGGACCUGUUUAAUGACAAGAGUCUGUUUAAUGCAGCGAAUGCAACCUGUAACUUGUUUGCGCUGGGACUCCUGAUUGUGCAGUUGGUGCUAUUGCUUCAUUACCAACACUAACGGUAAAGUUAUAGUGUUGACACAAGUAUGAUUUCUACACAGCCUUACGCAUACCUGAUAAAAUACUUAACUAAUGCUUCCCCCACAGUAUUUUAAGGCAUUGUCCUUUGGUCUAGUUGCUGCGAACAGAAUUUGUCCCUUACCUUCAAAUAAAGCCCAAAACCCAUCUCCAUUAAUUGGAAAGACAAAGAAAAAUAGAAUUAAUCAGCUGCUUUUACAGGUCAACAUAUUCUUUAAAUAAUUUUUAUUGGUACAGAAAAAUGAUGUGAAUUGGCAAAAACAGUUUGGACUCCUUACCACAUCAACAAAUUGAUCCAGAUGUUUUGUUGUUUUUUUAAUUUGGUUUAUUUGUUUUUGAAGAAAAAACCUCAAAAGCUCAAACAGUAGUUGCCUGGCCUCCCUUAUCUACUCCACCAGAACCUUUGGCCUGUAGCCAGCUAUGACUUUGAGUGCGUAUCCUUCCACAAAGUUGGUGGGCUGGUGAAAUUAAAGUGGAUUAUAACUUCUGAAAACAGAUGGUUAUGUUGCAGUAUGUAUAAAUGCAACAUUUGUUUUAGUCACUAAACACAAACCUGUUUUUGAAAUAAGCCAUAUGACGUGCUAUGUGGAGAAAUGUCUCUGGUACUUACAAAAUGAUGCAACUUAAAUCCAGUAAAUUGCAAACACAAAAUUAACUUCUCGGGGAAAAACUUCCUGUUUGUUUUUGAUUGUGACCAGUGCCACUGAUGGUCACAAAGGUUUUCUCCAGCACAGCAACAUUCAUAUACUGGGCUGCUGAGGCAGCAAGCUGCAGGCUUUGUAGGUUCGUCUGGUGCCAGAUGGAGAGACAGCGAGCACAGAUAAAAUAGGGCCGAGCAACCCAACUAUAAGUCACGUUUAGGUUAAACCAGUCAAACAGUGUAACUACAAUAUUGUUAACAUGCAGUUAACUUUGGAUUUACUGCUCUAUUUUAUCUAGUAAUCCAGAAAAGCAAUUACAUCUACAACUGUUUUUAUUUUCCAAUGCUGUGUUCUUCACAUUGAGAGGCAUGAGAUCUGUUUCAUGCCUGCAGAUUUUUCUUUUGAAUAGUGACACAAAAACACUGGAAAAGUAAUUAGUUUAAAAAACAAAACAAACAAACAAAAAAAAAAAACAUCGACAUCACUCCUGCAGACUGGAUACAGGAGAUGGACCUCUCAUAACUUCAGCAGUGGUGUUUUUGAGUGUAUUUCUUUGCACAGUUAUUGCAACAUUUCUCUUGCAGUUACAUUUGUUAUAUCUCCUAGGACACAUCCAAUGAGGCCUUGCACUUGCUGGCUCAAUUCAUUCAGAGGCAGAUUUAAAAAUGGACACUUUUGUCCUGCCGGGCUCUUGUGGCGGAGGAGAUAAGAGACCUUGUGAAGACCUUUGAAAUACAGAGCUUUAAUGACAAGUUCAACUGACCUUUUAUUUUCCAUUUUGCAUUGAAAGCAACCAAUUCCUUUUCUUUUCCCCAGCAACCAAUCAGUCCACUCCCAGUUUGUAGGGAUUUCUUUGAGCUCAUACGUGUGAUGUUCCGCCUCAACACUCUGGUCUGAUGGUACAGGUUUUUGUUUUUCUGCAUCCCAACCUGCACCCUCCCACUCCUUGUCUAUUUGCAUGGCAACCCUUUACCGGGCCAGCUGCUGCUGCCCUUUUCUUUCUUCGUGUUGAAUUCUAAUCAUUACUUUCAAAGGACAGCAUCUCCAAAGCUCCUUUAUCAAGUGCUCGUACUGGGAGGAGGCAAUCCGCUGUCCAACAUCCACUCAGGCUGCUCUUCUUACCACUUCUUCAAACCAGGAGCGCUUCCUAUUUGUAACCUGUUUCUUUAAGUUUGGAGAAAACAACAUAUGGAAGAAGCUCUGCAGUGAUGCCAUGAGGUUGAUCCUGGUUAAACCCACCAACGCAACGCGGCGACUUGACUCAACAGGUGAAGUCUUCCACAACGGGGACCAUGAGCAUUGCACCUCAGGAGGUCCAUCUGCUCCUACAAAGACCCCCGAAGGGAAACGUGAUCGAUACUCUGGAACCUCAGUCGAGGCAUCUUCAUCCCUGCAGGAGACGAGUCUGCACUGCGUUUCAUCCUUGCCCCAUGAAAGAUCUAAUGGAAUCAGUUCUCCAAGAGUUUCAGCCCAGAUGUCACCAUUGAAAACCCAAAACCUAACCUUAUCGCAGCUGAGCGAUCAGGACUGGCUAUUGCUUUGUGGCCAGGUUAGCAGCAUGGAAGAUGAUUCACCCUCAGCAGAAAGAGCAGGGACCAGUGUGGGACAUCCAAACCACAAUGACAGAUGUGGUUGUUCCUGUCCUGAGGCACACCAGCAUUCAGAGGCUUCUACUUUUCAGCCACAGUCAAAACAUGGUACAGUCCAAGACUCCCUCUCCAGAGUUACAAAUAAGAAGAGCCUUUCAUCUUCAGCUCACACCCAAUCUUUCUCUCAAAGCACCCAAGGUUCAACCUCUUGCCAGGUUUUACCACAGCAAACAGACCAAAAAGAUCUUUUGAAGCCUGCAACAAACCAUCUACAGGAUAAUUUCAUGCCUCAGUGCAGUGACCAAGAAGGUCGAAAGGAGCUCUUGCAGCAGCACCCUUGCAAUCAUUUUAAACUAAAAGACAGCAGUCAAGCAACUUAUCCAAAUUUGUUCAACAUUCCUCUAAACUCUGUCGAGUGUGCCGAGACAAAUCUGAAACUUCAUCAGUGGCCUCAGCCUGCCAUCGGUGCAGACCUCAGCUGGAGAGAACUUUUUGGUAAAGAACCACUGUUAGUUCAGCAACGUCCAAAGCAAGACUCUCUCACCGGCAAGUCAUCUGGGGAUCCCUCGAUCAUCCUCAAGUGCCGUCAUCUCCCUUACAACCCUCUAACCAGUACUCCACGGGCGAAGAGGUCAUCUACCAGUGACAAAAGCAUCCAGUCCUUUUCCAUCAGCCAGUAUAGUUCACUUGAGAACCAUGAUUUUGCUGAGGAGAGAGCAAGACAGCGACAAAGUCAGAAAAACUCUCAGCACCUGAGUGGAUCAAAACUCUCCCUCCCCAAACAUACACCUCCACCAUCUGACAACUUAGAAACAAGUGACACAGUUAACGGGGAUGCAGUGCGACCGCUAAGCAGCCAGGGCACUUUAAGAUCCAGUCUUGCUGAUCUUCAUUCAGGCCAACAGCCUCUUCAGCUUCUUCACAGUGCCAUCCUUGAGGACGCGUUCUCCAAAGUCAUCAGGGAAGACUCCAGUAAGGCCAACAGUGACAACUUGACCAGGGAGGAAGGCAGCGUACCACAGAAGAAGACUAAGGACAUCAGCUACCGGCUGGGUCAGAGAAGGGCUCUCUUUGGGAAGCGCAAACAAUUGAGCGACUAUGCCUUGGUCUGUGGGAUGUUUGGCAUUAUUGUCAUGGUGAUCGAGACAGAGCUUUCAAGGGGAUUUUACAGCAAGGAAUCUGUAUAUUCAUAUGUACUGAAAGGUCUGAUCAGCCUUUCUACUGCUAUCCUUCUUGUACUCAUUGUGAUGUACCAUGCAAGGGAAAUCCAGCUCUUCAUGGUGGACAACGGGGCAGAUGAUUGGAGAAUAGCUAUGACCUUUGAGCGGAUUCUCUUUGUUGUGUUGGAGCUUCUGGUCUGUGCCAUCCAUCCAAUCCCAGGCCAGUAUGUGUUCACCUGGACAGCUCGACUGGCCUUCAGCUACACAGCAUCGGUAGCGGAUGCGGAUGUCGACAUCAUCCUCUCUGUGCCCAUGUUCCUGCGGCUCUACCUGAUUGGACGGGUCAUGCUGCUUCACAGCAAACUGUUCACAGACGCUUCCUCCCGCAGCAUCGGGGCACUCAACAAGAUCAACUUUGACACCCGUUUUGUGAUGAAGACCCUGAUGACCAUUUGCCCCGGCACAGUCCUGCUGGUCUUCAGUGUCUCCUGUUGGAUCAUCGCAGCGUGGACCGUGCGUGUAUGUGAGAGGUAUCAUGAUGCACAGGAGGUAACUAGUACCUUCCUUGGAGCAAUGUGGCUGAUCUCUAUCACCUUCCUGUCCAUCGGUUAUGGAGACAUGGUUCCUCACACCUACUGUGGAAAAGGUGUUUGCCUGUUAACAGGAAUUAUGGGAGCGGGCUGCACAGCGUUAGUUGUUGCUGUUGUUGCAAGGAAGUCAGAACUCACCAGAGCUGAGAAGCAUGUCCAUAAUUUCAUGAUGGAUACUCAACUCUACAAAAAGAUAAAAAACACAGCAGCUAACGUUUUGAGGGAGACCUGGCUCAUCUAUAAAAACACUAAGCUGGUCAAGAAGAUCGACCGUGCCAGAGUGCGCCACCAUCAGCGUAAAUUCCUGCAAGCCAUUCACCAACUGCGAAGAGUCAAAAUGGAGCAAAGGAAACUAACUGACCAGGCCAAUACAGUCGCUGACCUUGCCAAGACUCAGAACAUGAUGUAUGAUCUGGUGUCGGAGCUGCAGCAUCGAAGCGAGGAGCUGGACAGGAGGACUGUAGCUCUGGAGGAGAAACUGGACUCCAUCCUUCUCAGUGUGCAGUCGCUGCCGGUUGUGCUUUCUCAAGCAAUAACAAAGCUACAAAAGGAUUUCCUGGAUGAUUUGGCUUGCCGUGUCCACUUCCUCUCAUCCUCUCUGAGCUCUGAGUGCUGUCCGGUCCCUGCCAGGCAGCUCUGUCCGGGAUCCACCACACCAGAGACCACUUACAGCUGAUAGGCCUUGCUCAGUGGUUUUCCUCUUAGUCUGCAAGCCUUUUGUCAUGCUGGAAAGGAUUUUCUUGACAUGCUCUCUUCUUUUAUUAAGGCUCUGCUAUGCAAUCAUACAAUUACACACAUUCACCCCUGGGAGUUCCAACUACAGUUUUGUGCUGAGCAGCCCCAAUGAGAGGGGAAGUGUUUCAGUCAGGGAACUCUAGAGGAAGGGAAGACCAUCAUUCCUUCAUUUCCUCUGCUUAGAGUUGUUUGUUCAGGGGCCAGAUUUUCACCUGUAAAUACACAAACAUUAGCCUCUUUUGAUUGCACCCCAGGAAACUCUAUACUGUAUGGCAUAUAUUAUUGAGUGUGAUCUUGCUAACCUCAAGGCAAUUAAAAGAAUGUUAAAUGAUAUUAUUUUUAGUUUAGGGGUACUCCCUUUACUCAUUCCUCUUCUUUUUUUGUUUUGUGCCUAUUUAAGAUAUAAUUACUAUAUGGUAUUUAACUGCUUCUAGUGAAUUUUACUAUGUCGGCCUGUUUAUAUAUGUGUAAUAGAAAUAAAGUUUAUUUAUAUUUAAUAACUUGGAAGCAGUAUUUAUAGCCCUGAAACCUUCUUUUGUGUCAUAUGCCUUCGCCUACACAACAUUAGUUUGUGUUUUAAACAUGAUAGGGAUUUCUCAAUUUUUUAAGAAUUUUGUAGCAGACAUGCAGUAUUUUCCUUUAGACCUCUUUUAAUAUAGAGAUAUAGUCCAUUUAUUAAAUCACUGAUAAUAAAGACUUCUUUUCAGAACUCCA